AUGGCAGCCGAGGAGAGAGCACCAGAGGUCAGGAACGUGAGGGAAGAGUAUCCCGAGCUCGCCAUCACCAAGGGUCGCAAAUAUGUGCCCCCCCGCCAGCUAGACACCGACUACCCACUGAUUGACUGCGACCCCCACAUCUCCCGCGUCCUCCGCUACGGCCGCCCCUCCGACUACGCCUGGGCCCUCGGCGUCUCCCUCUUCCCCCCAACCGCCAUCCGCCUCCUGGAAAUCGUCCACCCCUCCGAAGCCUCCGCCAAAUCCCGCGCCUCGGUGCUGCGCCUCAACAUCGCCCUCGGCCUCGCCGCGGGCUUCAUAAUGUACUACUCCCGCUCCAUCAACCGGUUCUACGGCUUCACCGAGAACCGGCGGGAAAUCGACAUGGAUAUGCGGGAGAUGACGGAUCGGGUGAAGAAGGGACAGCCGUUGUAUGGGACGAGCACGUUGACGGAGUAUAUGCAGGGGGUUGCGAGUCGGCAGAGUAGGUACGCGGGGGUGUGGAUUGGCGUGAUGCCGUGGUUCAAUUUCGUCAACCAUCCGCAUCAUGGGGUGGAUACGGCGAAGUAUUAUCGGAAUGCUGAGAGGGAGUUGGAGGCGGAGAGGGUGGGGUCGUCGUGA